UGCUAAUGAAUCUAUAACCACGAUACAAGAAGAGCCUGAAGAUAUUAUUAUUAUUAUUCAUGUGGGUGAUACUGAAGAAAAACAUGAUGCCGGAGAUAUUUGGCCUGAUAUGAUUCUUUCGGAAGUGCGCAAGCUUCUCGAACAUAAUAAUAAUAUUUAUAUGGGAGAAAAUAUGAAAUUUCUCACAACUAAACAAGCCCAAAUUAGUUUCGAAAAAGAAGAAGAAUAUAAAGUAUCUAAAAUCCUUGAUCAAAAUAAUUGCAUCCAUAUCCUCAAAGAUUCAACAAAACCAAGUUUUUUCCAAUUCAUCAAUAAGUAUCAUCUUAUUCGUGGACGUUAUCUUACAUCUGACGGUAUUGAAGUCAAAACUGCACAGCAAAAUGCAUUUAAAUUUAAAACGAAUUGUAAAAUUUCUUCUCGACUGGAACUUUCUAAUAAUGAAUGUUUGACCGCUUAUUCAGAAACAUGCAGAAGAGAACUUGACUGUAUAUUUGUAAAACAUCUUAUUUCAAAAGCCAAUGCAACG